AUGUCUAAUUAUUUUAAUUAUAUCACUCGAUCUACUACUGCCGGUUCUAUUAAAUAUACCGGUACAUCAUGUUCUUGUUAUUGUAUAACUCAUCGUCGAUUCUAUUCUAAUCAGAAAUCGAUAAAUCAUUAUGAUGCACUUGGUGUUAAUUCAAAUGCAUCUGGAAAAGAAAUUAAAAAUGCUUUUUAUAAUCUAUCAAAAAAACAUCAUCCAGAUGUAAAUCCUGAUGAUAAAAAUGCUGCUAAUAAAUUUAGUACACUAUCAAAUGCAUAUGAUAUAUUAAGUGAUCCAAUUAAACGACGAGAUUAUGAUAAUGAAUUAUUAACUCGAACAUCUCCAUCUGAUCCAUAUGUUACAUAUGAUCGAACAAGUACAUAUGCACAACGAGCACGUGCACAUCGUCCAACAGCAUGGAAACCACCAUCAUCAUCAUCAUCAUCGAAUAAUCCAAGUGGAGGAUUUCCAGGAACAGAAAAUGCAUUUGGUAAUAGUCGAAGUACAAGUUAUGGAACAUUUGAUAAAGAACAUUAUGAUAAUUUAUUUGGUCGAUAUCGGGGUCCGCUACCACAAGGACGUUCGAAUACGUAUAAUUUCGAUGAAUAUUAUCGUGGUCAUUAUAAUGAGUUUAAAUUUUGGGGUACAACAAUAAAAGAAACACAAGAAAGACUUCGACGUGAACGACAAGAAGCCGAACAUCGACGUCAACAACGAGCUAAUCGUAGUACAAUAUCAAAAGCAUCUUCAAUAGCUAUUUGGUGUAGUGUUGGAGCAUUUGUUAUUUUGUUAGCAAAUAUAUUACAUGAUAUGCAUUUUCAUAGACCAGCCGAUGAACUUCGUGCGAAAUUUUAUAUCAUUCCGAAGUCAUCAAAUAAUAAAUCAUCUCAAGAAUCAUCAACUAAAUCUUAA